AGGUCUCGGGGGCGCCCCUGAGGGAGGGUGGUUGCCUAGCAACAGGGCGGUGGCUCGGCGGGUACCCGGCCUAGUUUAGCAGGAGAAGCCGCCAGGCCGCAGCCCACCCAACCGGGGCUCCCGAGUCGUGUAGCCCCCGGCCCUCCCGGGGGCUCCCAAAAGCCGCCUGGGGCCUAUCCCUGGGAGAACGUGGUCUCAGCCGUGGAGGGGGCGGGGGACAGACAGGCCUCGACCCCUCUUUCCCCGACCCGAGGAGAGGCCCCAGCGCCUCCCCCUCACCCCGUCUUUGUGCAGGGCGCCGGCGGCCAUUGUAUCCGGGUGGGGAAUGGAGGACCCGGCAAUCCCCCCACCGCCAGCUUCUGGGCCUUUGGGGAAUUCAAGGAAAAUCAGCGGCGCUCGUAGGGGGUCUCCGGCCUUUAGCCUCCCGGAAAAGCCCGGGGGUGGCCUUCCCCAAGUCAGCUCGCAGAGCGGGGGCUGUUAAGUCCUAUUCAUGUCCCUCAUCGAAACCUUGAGCCCCAUUGAGAAGUCCCUUCAGGGUUUUGGGCUGGUACCUAAAUAGAAGGGAAUAGAAAAAAAAGAUAAAAAAAAAAAGCCCCUUAAGCCUACACCAGCCACCUCCGGGAGAGUUCUCCGGACUCCCAGUAGGAGGCGGAGAGCCAAGGGGCGUGCAAGAGCGAGGGGGCUGGGCUCCCGGGUGGCUGGAGGCCGCGGGUGCGGAGCCGAGCGGCCGCCCCGGAUCCCGGCGAUGGAGGAGCAAGCCAGCCAGGGGACUGGUUCCUGAGCUUCGCAAUUCCUGUGUUGCCUCCGGGGCUCCCAGCCUGCGGGGUCGCAUGAUCCCUCCGGCAGGAGCUGUUUGUUUUUGGUUCGCCAGCUGCCGCGAGGCCGGCUGAGUUACCGGCAUCCCGGCCUGCCGCCACCUCCUCUCUCACGACCUAUGAUACAAAAGAUCUUCCAGGGGGCUGCACCUGCCUGCUGUCGCCGGCUUACACAGAAUUGAAUCUCUUUCUCUCCCUUCAGAACCUCAUCUUGGCUUUGGGUCUUAGAAGACAGUCCCUCCACAGAGACGAGACCCCGUGAGUAAGGAGGUGUUUUGGACAAUGGACUGGUUGAGCCCAUCCCUGUUAUAAAAAUGUCUCAGAGUAACCGGGAGCUGGUGGUUGACUUUCUCUCCUACAAGCUGUCACAGAAAGGAUACAGCUGGAGCCAGUUUAGUGAUGUGGACGACACCAGGACUGAGGCCCCAGAAGGGAUUGAGCCAGAGAUGGAGACCCCCAGCACCCUCAAUGGCACCCCGGCCUGGCACCCAGCGGACAGCCCUGCACUGAAUGGAGCUACGGGCCCCAGCAGCAGCUUGGAUGCCCGGGAGGUGAUCCCCAUGUCAGCGGUGAAACAAGCUCUCAGAGAGGCAGGGGAUGAAUUUGAACUGAGGUACCGGCGGGCAUUCAGCGAUCUGACGUCCCAACUGCACAUCACCCCAGGGACAGCGUAUCAGAGCUUUGAGCAAGUCGUCAACGAACUCUUCCGUGAUGGGGUCAACUGGGGUCGCAUCGUGGCCUUUUUCUCCUUCGGCGGGGCACUGUGUGUGGAGAGCGUGGACAAGGAGAUGCAGGUCUUAGUGAGUCGGAUCGCGGCGUGGAUGGCCACUUACCUGAACGACCACUUGGAGCCUUGGAUCCAGGAGAACGGCGGCUGGGACACGUUCGUGGAGCUGUAUGGCAACAAUGCAGCAGCCGAGAGCCGCAAGGGCCAGGAGCGCUUCAACCGCUGGUUCUUGACGGGCAUGACCCUGGCAGGCGUGGUUCUGCUGGGCUCGCUCUUCAGUCGGAAAUGACCACCCAGUCACUGGCCUGCCCCUGCCCUGCUCCCACCACAUCCCUCCGCCCAGCCCCCAUCGCCACCCAGAGAACCACUACACGCAGCCCGUGCCCGCCCCCAUCCCAGGGCUGGGCCUGUACCUGGUCCCCUGCAGUUAGUUCUCUAGACUCUACCACGCUUCUGUGAGAGCCACCUCCUCCCACACACACCUCAGAAUUCCCCCAGAACUGCCCAGUGGAAGCCGGCAGGUACAUGGUGCAGAGGUGGGGGGAGUUGUGGCUGGUAGCCCACAGGGUUGACCCUUCCCUUCCGCUCAGCCUCAGCAAGUGCUAACCUGCCAGGGAGCCUGAAAGAUUGCUGAAUUGCUUCCCUAGAGAAACUAGGUUGCCUUUGUUUUGAUGUUCAUGGCCUCUGAGUUAAUCAUUCUCCAUCUUGCCCUGGACCUCCCCUCUUCCACACUCCCCAGACCCCUUUAGAGGCCACUAGUUAGGGAUUCAGGCUGCUGCAGACGAGUGAGGACCAGGACUCCCUCCCCACCUUGGCAUGGCUGGAGGCCCCACUCCCAGGCUGAAUGUUCUCGCCAGCUCCCAGGGGAGGGAGGGGGCUCUAGCUGCAGGAAGCACCCCAUGCCAAAGCUUAGGGGAACCCUCGCAGUUUGGCAUCACUGCAGUCCCGUCCCCUCCCCUGGCUCCCAUGACCAUGACUGAGGGACCAACUAGGCCCGGGAUGGAUGCCCCAGAGCUAGGUCUGGCCUCAGCUGCCUCACUUCUGCAAGGAGAUGAGCCCCUGGCAGCAUCCUUGCCCCGCCUGCUGCCUGGGGCUCUGGGGCUGCAGGGGCCUCUGCCUGGAGGGGAAGGGGAGCUGGCAGGAACAGCUGGGGGAGCCUCGGGUCUUCCCUACCUCAGGCAGGAAGGGCCGUAUGAGAGCCUGGGCUCAGGCGGGGUGGCUGCAGGGCCUAGAACUGCCUGGCCUGGCCAACCUGUGCCCACCCCGACCCAGCCUGGGCAGCUGGCUGCCAGGGUCCCAGUGGCCUGGCCAGGAGCCCUUUGGGCCUUCUCUCCUCUGCUCUGCCCUGGCCACCUGGGCUCUCUGCUGUACAUAUCCGAGACUAGUUUUUAUUCCUUGUGAAGAUGAUAGACUAUUUUUGUUAAGCGUGUCUGUAUUUAUGUGUGCGGAGCUGCUGGCUUGCUGUGCGUGUGCACGUGGAGAGCUGCUGCCCGGAGAUUGGCCGGCCUGAUG